AUGCAUGGUCAGCGUGUGGAGGUGAUUCCAGAUGCAGUCGAUCAUUUCUUGGGAAGACUGCUGGACUCGAUCAAGUCCAGCAACAUUCCCGACAUCAACAGGCUCUACGAAACAGACUUCAAUCAGCUCACCGAGAAAUACUACAACAAGACGAAGUGGCCAAGUGCCUAUGCCGUCGCAGACGCUCUCGGACAUGGGGAGGCUCUGUUCCUGAUUCUUUACAAGGAGCUGUACUACCGACAUAUCUACGCCAGACUGAACCCAGUCCUCUUUGAGGACAGAAUUGGUUCCUGGAAAAAUUAUACUCAGCUCCUGGAUUUGAUGAUCGAGAACCUCUCGGAUGGAGAGGAUCUCGGGAUUGCGCUACCAGCGCAAUGGCUGUGGGACAUCCUGGACGAGUUUGUGUACCACUAUCAGACGUACAGCACAUACUGCCACAAGGCGGCCAAGCUGCAGAAGGAAGCAGAUGUCAAGCAGCUAGUUGACAACCCUGCUGUCUUCGAGACCACGAAGGUCCUCAGCUACCUGCACCAGCUUGUGCGCUACUCGUUGAUUGAGGAGUGGCUCGCCAAUCCAGAUGGAGGUAAUGGACAAGGUGCCGCCUUCACAGACGAGUCGACACGACUGAUCGGAUAUUUCGCCCUGAUGCAGCUGCUGCGAAUGCACAGCCUGCUUGGAGACUACCGCCUUGCCAUGGAGACGAUUGAGACCAUCGACUUCCGAGCAGAGGUACCGCUGUUCUACAGAAUUCCGGCUUGCCAUGUCACAGUGUUUUACUACAUGGGCUUUGCGUACAUGAUGAUGCGCCGCUAUGUGGAUGCAUCCCGCACAUUCCAAGACAUUCUUGUCUUCCUGUCCAAAAUCUCCACAGUGAAUUCGCUUUCCUACCAGUAUGAUCAGAUGCUGAAGAAGCAGGAUCAGAUGUACGUCCUGCUGCUGAUCUGCAAUGCUCUUUGCCCCCAGCCGCUGGACGAAUCUCUCGAAAAGCCAAUCCGAGAAAAGCACGCAGAUAAGCAGAUGCGCUUGCAGCAGGGCAAUGAAGCUUGCUUCGAGGAAGCCGGGAAGAGCAAAGCCAAGCGGCUAAAUUUCUUGCUGCUACCAUUACUACUACUACAACUACUACCAACAAUAAUAACAACAAUAAUACUAAGAAUAGUAACAACAAGAAGAAUAACAAUACUUGUAGUAAUAGCAAUUGGCAAUAACAAUAGCAACAAGAACAGUUUUAGUACAGGAGCAUAA